AUGGCUCAUUCGCCACCAUUUACCCCUCCAUCAUCGCCAAGUUGUAAAGGUGUGUCAUCAGCACUCUCGUUUCAUGGAGUUCAUCCUAUAAGUACACCCACCGUAAACUGCUUAGCCAAUUCCCUUGGAGUUUCUCCGCUUUAUCGCCAACAAAAUUUGGCUCGUUGGCAGAGCGCAGCACACAUUUAUCAAAGCUAUCAAAGCAGCCGGACUCAUAGCCGUGCUCACAGCCCAGCAGCGGAUGGAUUUCACGAAGCAUUUAUGUACCCACCAAGUUUGACUCCAGCAUUAAUAUCUGAUCAUCUUUCCACUGUUCACAACACUUUCGGAACACCACUUUCUGUCGUUGAAAUAGGUCGUGCUAAUCGCAAACGUCAUGCUGAAACUGGUGGUACACUAAACGAGCAAAGUGUUGGUGGCCCUUUAGAAUUAGAAGCUAUAGCUGCUGUACACGAACUCUCUAGUGAAGUUCGCUCAAUUGCUGUCUCAGAAAUCUUGCCACGAACAGCCGAUUUAAUUUUCGUAAAUAUCAUAACUGUUGAGGGUCACCCUUAUACGUUAGAAUUAACAAUGAAAGGAUGGCGAAUUGCAUCGUUGCAGUGUGACAGCAUGAAUGGAGAUUAUAAACGGGUUGAGUUGCACGCGAAAUAUUAUGACAAUGCUAGGCAACUUCUUGAGGAGAUUUCACCAGCACAUUCACAGUACUUUACCAAAUGUUUGACUGAAAAGCUAACUCAGCUUCAUAUCUGGAGGAAAGCUCAAGAAGAAAUGGAAGACGUGGAUGUGGAUUUACUUGACAAACAGAUCGACAAUGCUUCAAUGAGUUCGAAAAAAGAAAUAAAAGAAAUUGACAAUUUAUCAGACGAAGGUCUUGUGUUCACUGUGGAUAAAAGUAGUAAUAGAUGA